AUGCAUGAGUGUGGGAAAAGCUUCAGUGGUAGAAGUAUUCUAAGUGUAUAUCAAAGAAUCCACACAGGAGAAAAACCCUAUAAAUGUGCAGAGUGUGGAAUAAGUUUCAGUCAGAGGCCACACCUUACUUCGCAUUGCAGAACCCACACAACGAAGAAGCCAUGUAAGUGUCUGGAGUGUGGAAAGAGUUUCAGUUGUAGUCAAAGUCUAGCAUCCCAUCAACGAACCCAUAUGGAAGAGAAGCCGUUUAAUUGUUUGAAACGUGGAAAUAGUUUCCAUCAGAGUAGUAACCUUUCUUUACAUCAAAGAACCCACACAGGAGAGAAACCGUAUAAAUGCAUGGCAACCCAUAUAGAACAGAAAGCAUAUGAGUACCUGGAAUGUGGAAAGAGGUUCAGCAUGACCUCUCACCUUACUUUACAUCAAAAAACUCAGACGGGGAGAAAUGAUAUGAAUGCAUGA